CGGACCAAAAAGUGGAUCUUUGACAUUCACCUUGUCUGAAUCUGAACCUCGCUCUUCACCUGUCUGGAUCCAUUCCUCUGCAGCAAGUCCUCGAGGAAAGUUCUGGCCUGUCAAAAAGCCAUCGGCCGGUCCUAGGUUUACUUGUUCCGUCUUCCACGUCGUACCGCGUGCGCGUUAUGAACUGAAUUGGACAAUUUCAUUUUUUUUUUUACUGUUCUUUGAGAUUUAUCACAUUACUCUGUGUCCGUCAAGAUGGUUAGAAUAUUCCGGAGGCUCCAGGAGAACCAAGACUCCCUCUCCGAUGACAUUCUACUCCCCCUUAAGAGCUACAAGUACCAGAGCGUCGACAAAUCUCCCAUCUCGAAUUAUAUCUUGAAGCAUUAUUGGAAUGCCUUCGUCGAGCUGUUGCCGCUUUGGAUCGCCCCGAAUAUGGUUACCCUCUUGGGGUUCCUGUUUAUCGUGGGUAAUGUGAUGCUCAUCGAGAUGUACAUGCCAGAUCUCGUGGGACCGGGUCCCUCGUGGCUAUAUUACAGCUUUGCUUUGGGCAUGUGGAUGUACUCGACGCUAGACAAUGUUGACGGCAAGCAGGCGCGAAGGACAGGCACUUCCAGUGGCUUAGGAGAGCUUUUCGAUCAUGGAAUCGAUUCCCUAAACUGCACGCUUGCCAGUUUGCUCGAAACUGCGGCUAUGGGCUUUGGCUCCUCUGAACUCGGAGCCUAUACAGCUCUUGUGCCUUGUCUCGCCAUGUACUUCUCCACGUGGGAGACCUAUCACACCCAUACUCUUUAUCUCGGAUACUUUAACGGUCCAACCGAAGGUCUUCUGAUUGCUAUAGCGAUCAUGAUCGCCUCUGGGAUUUAUGGUCCCCAGAUAUGGUCCCGCCCAAUCGUCGAAUUCUUGAACUUCCCGCAAAUCUUCGGCAACAAUUCCGUCAAAGACCUUUGGGUUCCUAUCCUCGUCGGGUCUUUCUUUCUCGGACAUCUUCCCGGCUGCCUUUACAACGUCAUUUCUGCUCGCAGAAAGCAGAACCUUCCCAUUUCUCCUAUUUUCAAGGAGUGGGUGCCGAUGAUUAUCUUCACUGGAUGCAACAUGGUGUGGCUCUUUUCUCCCUAUUCGUCCCUGCUGUCGGACAACCGAUUGGUGCUGUACUGCUGGACUAUUUCCUUUGUGUUCGGACGAAUGACUACCAAAAUCAUCCUGGCUCAUCUCCUUAGACAACCAUUUCCUCACUGGACAGUGCUGCAAACACCACUUGUCGGCGGGGCCAUACUUGUCAACUUCCCCUUUCUAGGUCUUCCUGCAAUCAGCGCAUCUUUUGAGGUAUUUUACCUCCGGGCCUACUUCUUGUUCGCCCUCGUCGCGUACAUGUACUGGGCAGUCCUUGUAAUCAACCGCAUUACAAGUUUCCUGGGUAUCAACUGCUUGACUAUUCGAAAGGACCGGUCAAUCGAGAGAGAAAAUGCCUAUCGCACCUUAGGAGUGGAAACCCCCGAUGCCAAUGUUAGCUUCGACCCUAACAAGGGAGGCUUGAAGAGUCACUGAUACGAAAUUCCCAGUUUUGAAAGUUUCAAAGUUUGACAGAAAGGUUGGUUAGCAAGAGAGGGUUUCCUGCGGCCACCUUUUGUCUAUCUCGCAGCAAAAACAGCAACCCCGUAAAGAAGCCACUUCACUCCCCCAUGUUAUUAUAUAUGCAUACUUUUUGUUAUCUCUUUUUUUGCCCCCUGUAUACAAUCUGUUAACGUCCUCUUGGAUAUGCCAGCAGCACAUAGAGGCUGAUGAAACUUACGACAUCAGUUUGGUCAUCGAUGGCCCACACACACACACACACACACACACAUGCACACAUUCGAGCAUGAGAGUGGACGACGAGUUCUAUCUGUUUUGGGAGUCAUGCCGGUGCUCGCCUACUCACCCCACCCAAGAUAGAAGAUAGAUAGAUAAAUCGUUUAAUAAUAAUAUCGAUAGAAAUGAAAAUAUCGUUUUUGUAUUCAAUCACAAUCACACUUCAAAUUUGUCUGUU